AUGUCAGGAUUACCAGUUGUUGCAUAUUCAAAACAGCUAGAGAAGUACUUGAAUGAAUACAAUAUACGAAAUUUUUGUCAUUCUGAAUUUAGCGAUCACAAAAUAAUUGGACAAGGAGGAUUUGCAGUUGUAUACUCAGUCGUUUUCCAGGGAACAAAGUAUGCGUUAAAAAGUCUAAAUAAUAAUAUAGUUUUGGAUAAUAAAGCGUUCAAACAGAUUAAAAACGAGAUUAAAUGUCUUUAUAGAGAUAAGAUUAAUCAUCCUAAUGUAAUCAAGUUAUAUGGGUUCUCUAUAGACUAUGCAAAUCUUUAUAAAAAUUGCUGGUCAUCUGAUCCAGACCAGCGUCCAGUUUUAAAUGAAAUAUUGACUAAACUUGAAAGACUAUCAAAUCUAUCGAUUAAAUUCAUGAUAAAUAAUAUUGAUGCCGAAGAUCAGUAUCUAUCUAAAGAUUCGGUUUUUUACGAUGAUACAAAUUCAAGCUUAAAAUCAAAUAAUGAUAUUGAAGUAAUAGACAACAGACAAAUGUUCCCUAAAACUCGACCACUUGGGACCAGUAAACAACCUUCACAAAGUCGUGAGAACCGAAAAAGGAGACAAGAAGUCCGAAACCGUGAACCCAUUUCACGCUCUCCAAAUCCGAAUAUGGCUUCAAUGUAUUCAGAAGAUGUUCAACCAAAUUUGACGUUACAAAUCCCGAUUUAUUCCCCGAAUCAUACUGGGAACUCUUUAAACAAUGGACAAGAAAAUCUACCAAACGGAAGCCAUAUUGAGAUCUCUUCAAAGAGCGAGCAGGGAAUUACAUCAGGCGGAAACUUGGUGAAUGGUGAUUUAGAUGGAAACCAUAGUGAACUAACGUUAUUCCCUCAAGAAAAUCCAAGC